GGACCGACGACGACGCCACUCCUCUCCCUCCCUCUCUCUCUCUCUCUUCUCCCCCCCCCCCCCCCCCCCCCCCCCCCCCGGGGUGGGAUUGAAUUGGGAAUUGCAGGGGAUUUUGUUGAGAGAAGGAGGGGACGAGGCCCAGGUCGACUCGGCAACAGAGGGCUUCGUUCGAUCUUCCGGACAUUCUCGCCGGAGCUCUCCCGUUCUCCGAUCAAUUUCCAGGAAUAUGCCUGGAGGAAACCUGGUUUGAUUCUGUCGGCGUUUUGGAGUCUGAUUCAGAUGAAGUGCACGGAGGGUCCUUCCUAUUGGUAGGCAGUACGCUUGCAAACAUGUCAAACACCAAAUUGCUCCAGUUUGGAAGUGCGUCAUGCUUUGUAGAAUCUGGUUGUAAGUAUCAGGGAUUUUAUGGAAGUUACCUCAAAAUAGAUGGAGGCAAAGCUGAUAAAUUCUUGAGCAAAGAUGACUGCAGAGAAUCGGGUAGAUUCUCACAUUUAAGUGAUGAGCUUUCAUGCUUACCGAAUGAGGAUGACACUUCUAUCAGGAGCAAAGAAGUAUUAGAUGAUCCUUAUGAAAGCUUUAAUGGCUUAAGCGAGAUUCAAGAUUCUAAAGAGAAAAUUCAAGAAAGCCUAUUGACUCGGUCUCAGUUGCUUCCCUUGGUCUGCUUUAAUGACAAGAAUGAACCACCGUUGAGCUCCCCUUCAGCACAGGGGAAGAACUCAAUGGCUGUCAUGUUUUCCUUAAAGUCAAAAUCCUAUGAAGGAGAUGAAAUAACUGAAUUUUCAGGUGAGUCCAAGAGGUUUGUAUAUCGUCCCAGAGCAGGACUUUUGAUUCCAUGUUCAACAGUAGAGAAGCCAACAAGAGGUACUUGGUCUGCAGUUGCACCUUCAGUCUUUAAGCUCCGCAGCGAAAAUUAUUUCAGAGACAAAAGGAAAACACCCGCUCCAAAUUGUAGCCCAUAUUUCCCAAUUGGUGUUGAUUUAUUUAUUUGCCCACGAAAGAUGCCUCACAUUGCUCAGCACCUUGAACUUCCCUCUGUAAAAACACACGAGAAAGUACCAGCACUGUUAAUUGUGAAUAUACAGCUGCCGACCUAUCCUCCAGCAAUAUUUCUUGGUGCGAGCGAUGGAGAAGGUAUGAGUCUUGUGUUAUAUUUCCAGGUGUCAGAGAGUUUUGAAGAGAUCUCUUCUCAUUUUCAGGACAGCAUCAAGAGAUUGGUAGAUGAUGAGAUUGAGAAGGUUAAAUAUUUUGCGAAGGAAUCAAAAGUUCCUUUUAGAGAAAGGCUUAAAAUUAUGGCGGGGGUGGUUAAUCCAGAGGAACUCCAAUUAAGCUCUGCUGAAUAUAAGCUUUUACAGACUUAUAACGACAAGCCAGUGCUUUCACGCCCUCAACACAAUUUUUUUAGGGGACCUAAUUAUUUUGAGAUUGACCUCGAUAUACACUGUUUUAGUUACAUAUCUAGGAAAGGACUCCAUGCAUUCCGAGAACGAUUGAAACAUGGGAUACUUGAUCUUGGUUUAACCAUCCAGGCACAAAAGCCAGAGGAACUACCAGAGCAAGUCCUGUGCUGUGUGCGAUUGAAUAAGAUUGAGUUCAUGAAUCAUGGCCAAAUACCUACAAUCGUGACCCAUGAUUGACUUUUGAUGGGGAGCAGUAGCAAGUGCAUUUGAAGCCAGUGCUGCUUACAGAUACGGGUAAAGGAAAGCAUUUUUUUUUUUUCGGGUAAGAUUUUGUAUGGAUGGGAGAAGGGUUAUGAGAUUUGGAGAACGUUUCAAGUGCCCUACCCAUUCAAAUGACAGAAAACAAAGAAAGAGAAUAGAAAAUCCAUUUUCAAAUAAUAAGUGGAUUCACUUCUCAUGUAUACUCUGAUUAUAAUUGAAAGAAGAAACUCAUGCUGAUAUGGCAUUUUUAUAGAA